UGCUGACGUCACGUGUCACGUGGACGCGUUAGCGAUAUUGGAGGGAGUUUGUCUUCCCUCUACUUGUCAACAACAUGACAUCGUAAUAGAGACGUACCAGAUCGAACGUACAGAUGUUACUCGCGACGUAUUUCGUUGAACGGCAGUUUCCUCGCGGCCGACAUUGCUGGGUGAAAGGUACGUAGAUGUGAAUACUCGGGGGACUCGACCAUCACGUCGUACUCGUUUCUAACCUGACGUACGAUGAGCUGUCAUUCAGUACUGUACGGAGUCAGCGUGUUAUAAAUCGCGUUUUCUUCGUGAAAUUACGUAAAUUUCUAGUGAAACCUGAAUUCUCUCUGGUAGAGAUGGCGAAUCCGUUGGAACGGCUCAGAAUUUACUUCAUCACGUAUAAUGUGGCCACAAAGUUUCCCGAUCCUAAUCAGGAUCUUCACCAACUUUUGGGCAUCACACCUUGCGGCGAAACAAACCUAUGGCCAGAUUUGUACUUUAUUGGAUUUCAGGAAGUUAAAUCACAGCCGCAAAAUAUAGUGUUGGAUUAUAUAUUACUUGAGGAUCCAUGGACCAGAGCCUUUAGAGAUGUACUGAAGAAGUAUGAUUAUGUGAAAAUACGUUCACAACGGUUGCAGGGUCUUGUUUUAAAUGCCUUCUGUCUAAGGAAGCAUUUAACACAAUUGAGAUUAAUGGAAGUUCAGUACACCAAGACAGGUUUUGGUGGCAUGUGGGGAAACAAGGGUGCAGUGAGCAUUAGAAUGAACGCCUAUGGAGUUAGCAUUUGUGUUGUAAACACGCAUUUGACUCCUCAUGAUCAUUUGCUGGCUGAUAGAAUUUCAGAUUACAAUACCAUAGUAACAGAUCAUACUUUCACUGCUCCAGAUACAUCGAAGAUAUUAUAUCAUGAUUAUAUAUUUUGGAUCGGUGAUUUAAACUUUCGGCUCAAUGGAGAAGACUUAAGCGCUGCUGAGAUAGACUUACUCGUAAAGAAAAAAAAACUCAAAGAGCUUCUCGAAAGAGAUCAGUUGCAGAUGGUGAUGAAAGAGCGCCAAGCUUUCGCCGAGUUGAAUGAAAGCAUCAUUACAUUCCCGCCUACUUACAAAUACGAAUUCGAGUCCCAAGAAUUUGAUCUCAAACGCAGACCGUCUUGGACUGAUAGGAUUUUGUACAAAAUAAAUGCAAUAGAUAUAUACAACGAUGUAGAACUUAAGGCAGAACAGCAUACUUACAAGAGUCAUCCCAGUUAUAGUGUUUCCGAUCACAAACCUGUAACUGGAGAAUUCGAUAUCGCGGUCAGACCUAUUGUAAAUAACUACAUCGUGGAAUUUCAAGAGUGUAUAAUGGAGGAAAAUUUUGUAUCGUACAAACUGCAGAGGAACUUUACACCAAGCAAUGGGGAUUGGAUAGGUCUCUUUCCUAACGAUUUCUCCAGCUUAGAUGACUACAUUAUUUACGAAUAUGUUGGCCGUGGUAAACCAACGUCAGUUCCUAAUGAACCUCACGCGAGCACGGAACGAAUAUUCUUCAAUGAUACAGCGAUUCGUUCAUCAGAAAUGUAUUGUCUGGUUUAUGUAGCACAACGAGGAGAUUUUAUCGAGAUUUUGGGUGUCAGUUUGGGAUUUUCGGGUGUUCGCAACUCGAUCGAGCCAUGCGUUUCAUCGUCCAUGUAAAUAUUUUAUAGCGAGGAAUCAGUUUACUUGAAGACUCAAGUACGUGAACACCAAUUCUUUUAUCGAGAGACCAAAUAUCUGGCAUUGUACAAUUUUUUAUCGUAGAUGGACGAAAAUAUUUUGUUGGCUUGACUUUUUAUUACAUCUUAUUAACGACUACAAUCUUUCCUAGAAAUUGUGAUAACGUUUUGAGUAGGAAAUUUAAGUAUGUCAAGAAAUAUGGCCUUUAAACAAAGGGUGCUUAUAACACGAUAUAGUAAAUUGAAAUACAGUUAUAAAGCAUCUCGAGAAAGCACGAUGCUUUGCACGUAGGAUGUAAAUGAUACUUUUGGUACCUGGUCUUCGUACUCUCAACUCUCAGCCUUGCCACUUAUUGUUAGAGUGCGUUGCGGCAUAAGAGUCAUACAUUUUAGAGUUUGCAGCUUGCAGUGAAUGCACUGCCUCAAGUUUUUCUGCACGCGAGGUCUUUUUCGAUCCAUUAAUGCGCGUUAUUAAAAAAAUGGAGGAGAUGAUAUUAUAUAAUUAUCUUUUUUUAUCACCUGAGCAUUAAUUGGUUAAUCAGUGCGUACGAAUGCGUGCGUGUGACAUAUCAUGACCCUUAUUUCCUUAGUUGUAGAAAUUUUCAGUGGAAAAUGUGGAUUAUAGUGACUCGUACUGCCCAUUGUGUGAAUUCAUGCUAUUUUAUUUUUAUAGCAUCGGCACGGAUUUUAAAUAAAUAUAUAUAUUAUAUGUGGUUUUAAAAAGGGGAUGCAAAUAAAGGAUAUUAGUAUUUUCUA